AUGGCGAAGAAGCCGAGCACGCCGCCAGAGAAGCACGUCGUCGCAGAGGCCGGGUCGCAGGCGUUCCGGGUGCUGAACUUCGAGCGUUACGCAGUAAGGACGGCGGCCCCGGCGCCCGUGUUGGCGACCUUCCCGCAUAACUUCCGCUACCAGGUUGUUGGGGCCCCCGCGGAAUGGGCCGGGCGAGUGGGUGUUGGGUGGAAGGGUACUCAAGGGGUUGGACUGCCCUCUUCCUGCCCUUGGUCCAGGCGGUUUGGUAGAGCAGUGGGACAUCGCAGCCAGUGA